GCUCAACUUUUUAAAAAUAAUAAUAAAAAAGUCAAACUUCAAGUCUACUUCUUGUUACUUAUAAAUUUGCAGAAGAAUCUAAAUUAGCUAUAUAAUUUAUAUCAGCAGAGAGAAAUGGCCGACAAUAACGGCGCCGGUAUGUAUGGAGAUUUUCCGGCGAUUCAAACUCACGGUGGCCGGUUUGUUCAGUACAAUAUAUUCGGAAAUGUUUUCGAAAUUACAUCGAAAUAUCGGCCUCCGAUUUUGCCGAUUGGUCGCGGUGCUUAUGGUAUUGUCUGCUCGGUGUUGAAUUCGGAGACGAAUGAAAUGGUGGCGAUUAAAAAGAUAGCGAAUGCUUUUGACAAUCAUAUGGAUGCCAAACGUACUCUCCGUGAAAUUAAGCUUCUUCGCCAUUUGGAUCAUGAGAACGUUAUAGCUAUUAGAGAUGUGAUUCCUCCAUCUUUAAGACGAGAAUUUACCGAUGUCUACAUGGCCACGGAGCUUAUGGACACUGAUCUUCAUCAGAUUAUCCGAUCCAACCAAGGUUUAUCAGAAGAACAUUGUCAGUACUUCUUGUAUCAACUUCUUCGAGGACUGAAGUAUAUACACUCGGCUAAUGUUAUUCAUAGGGAUUUGAAGCCCAGCAAUUUGCUAUUAAAUGCAAAUUGUGACUUAAAGAUCUGUGAUUUUGGUCUAGCUCGGCCUACUUCGGAGAAUGAAUUUAUGACUGAAUAUGUUGUCACCAGAUGGUAUCGAGCACCUGAGCUUUUGCUCAACUCUUCCGACUACACAGCUGCGAUAGAUGUAUGGUCUGUAGGCUGCAUUUUUAUGGAGCUUAUGAACAGAAAGCCUUUGUUUCCAGGCAGAGAUCAUGUACAUCAGAUGCGCCUUUUAACCGAGCUUCUUGGCACGCCAACUGAUUCAGAUCUUGGGUUUGUCAAGAGUGACGAUGCCAGAAGAUAUAUCCGGCAACUCAGUCAAUUUCCUCGUCAGCCAUUAAACCAAGUUUUCCCUCAUAUUAAUUCACUGGCCAUUGAUCUUAUCGACAGAAUGUUGACAUUUGAUCCAGCAAAAAGAAUUACUGUUGAAGAAGCAUUAGCGCAUCCAUACCUCGAAAGGUUACAUGACCUAGCCGACGAACCGGUCUGUGCGGAACCAUUCUCCUUUGAUUUCGAGCAACAACCCUUGGGAGAAGAGCAAAUGAAGGAAAUGAUCUAUAGGGAGGCUUUAGCACUCAAUCCUGAAUAUGCAUAACACAAUUCAUCUUCAGUAUUCUAUUCUUUUAGGCAAAAUGAUUUCAUAUAUCUAUAACUUUGACCAUUUUGACAGAUUUAUUUAAAAAAAAUAUUUGGACAGUCUGGUCUAUGAAUUUUACAAACUCAGAUAAAUAUAUCCAAAACGUAUUUGAUCUGACGUAAAUUAGUUACAUGGAUUUACUUGAUUGGUCCAAGUAGGAAAGAAAAACUCCAGACUGUCCAAUUUAUUUUUAAGAAUAUAUCUGUCGAAAGAGUGCAAGUUAUGGAUAUAUAAAUUCAUAUUGGCAUUCUUUCAUUGUCCUUUAUGUCUACCCGUUCGAAUGUUAUUUCCAUCGAAAAGAUUUGUUUAAAAGAUACAUCUGCUACCAGUAGAGAUGCUAAACAACUUAUAUAGUGGGGUCACAGAUCCUAUAAAAAGGCGAAGUCCCUCUAUUUCGAUGGCGUUUUCUACCGGUGACUCUUUUGGUGGUGGUUCUGUAGAUUUUACAACCAUUACUGGCGUCAGCUGUGUAUUACCUGUAUGUGCAUUACCUGUAAUCUCCAAACAGACUAUAAGGUUAGUUUGACAAACCUUCUUGUAACUCAGAUUUUUUUCUCAUUAGUUUAAAGUUUGUCUUGUAAGAUAAGUUGAUCUGCGAGUUUUUAUUGAAUUUGAAUUCAUUCCUC